CGGAGAUAUUCGAGAUCUAUAUGCACUGGCUCUACUUCUCAACGUUUGCUGUGGUUGGCUACGAGGCUGGUAGUGGCUACAGACCAUUAAUUGAGGCCUAUGUCCUAGGAGACAAAUUACUUGACACGAAGUUCCAGGACGCCGUGAUUGACGCCAUCGUCGAAAGACGAUACGCGAAAGACCUGGAUUGCAAAUACACCCAACCUAGCAAUGACACCAUCAACUGGUUAUACUCCCACACAACUUCCUCGGCGCCGAUCCGCCAGCUAUUUGUGGAUAUGCUCGCGGAUUUCAGACGUCCCCCUCCAGCGGUGACGGUAUUCAAGAAAGAGACCUCCCAGGAAUUUCUUCUGCAGCUGAUAGCAAAGCUGUAUGAACGCCGAGCGACGGAUAAAACACCUCUCAAGGCCUCCGAUUAUUAUCGCCAGCCUACUGACCCCAGUAAGCGAACUCAGCCAGAGGACAAAUCUAAGUAGCAGCAACACCAGGUACUGGGCCCGUCCAUAUUGUGAAGGUAUUGGACUCAAGUACUUGCCUGACUUUCAUCUUGCUUCUAUGCUCGAGUGUCCUUCGGACCAAAGCCAAUUACGCUGCCAGAGCUGCUCAGUCACGCGUCCUCAAAGGUUCAUACAAUUCAUAUGGAAAGAUGUCGCACAUCGGGUUUGGUGCUGGUCUUGCGAGGGGAGCACGGGCAAGCGAUAACUAAUGGGAGGUAAUCGGUGCAAUGAAAUG